UGCGUAAUAUAAUUUAAAAAAAAAUAAUAAAAAAGAAAAACAGCAUCACCUACCUUUCCUUCCCAUCUCCAAUAUUUUCUCUCUCCUCCCACUUAAUUACAGUAUGAGUCUACAGAGUACAUUCAUUUACAUUAUUACAUAACAUACCCAACUUCUAUUCUUUACUUUAUGCCAUCUGCCGACUUCUUUCUUCUUCAUUUUUCCCUUUUCAAUUCCAUAAUUAAACUGCCCUUAUUCUCAGGUGCUGAUGUUCUUAUUCCAAAAUUGGUGCUGAUUUGGCAUGUGGGCAGCUACUAAUUAUUGCUAUGGUGCUUUUUCUGUACUGUUUCUGGAGUUUUGGGGAAGAAUUGAGAAUGAUUACUGAACCCUUUUUACUCCUUUAUUGAUUUUGUACAUUUUUGUACUUAUUUUAUCUCAAGAUUUGAACUUUGAUCUGUUUUGGGGCUUGGUUUCUCAUUUUUUGUUGAAAUUGAAGUUUGGUAAUUGUAUGAUUGUUUUCGGCAAUUAUUGAUAGAGAGGUAAAAAAGAUUCUAAUUUGGUAAAUAGAAGUAUGUGACAGUGUUUUUUGGUUGAAUUUAGACUGUGAGUUAAUGGAACAAGCUCACCGUUUUCAUGCUUUAGGCCACAAUGAAAUGAGGGUUAUGGGAAAGAGGGGUUUAGAAUGGGAUUUGAAUGAUUGGAAAUGGGAUGGUGAUCUUUUUAUUGCUACCCCUUCCAAUACCCUAUCUUCUGAUUUUCAAGAUCAGCAAUUUAUCCCAGUUGUUCAGGUUCAAGGGAAUUCGUCAAACAGCUCAUCUUUGUGUUCUGAUGAUGUUCAGUAUGGUGUUGAUGAUGGAAGGAGAGAAUUGGGGAACAAAAGGAGGGUUAUUGUUAUUGAAGAGGAUAGUUUGGAAGAAGUUGGUCCUUUGACCUUAAAGAUUGGGGCAAACUCUUAUGCUGCCUCGGAUAGAGAAAGGGAUUUGAGUAAUUGGGAGAGUACGAGUGGGAAAAAGACUAAGUUAGCCGGGGGCUCUUCAAAUCGAGCUAUUUGCCAGGUUGAGGAUUGUGGGGCUGUUCUUAGUAAGGCUAAAGACUAUCACAGGCGUCACAAGGUCUGCGAGGUCCAUGCUAAAGCCAGUAAAGCCCUUGUGGCAAAUGUCAUGCAACGAUUUUGUCAACAAUGCAGUAGGUUUCAUGUUCUUCAGGAAUUUGAUGAAGGUAAACGAAGCUGUAGACAGCGCUUGGCUGGCCAUAAUAAGCGACGGAGGAAAACACAAGCGGACACUGCUGUCCAGGGGAAGUCUAUAAACGAUGAGCAAACUAAUAGUGUUCUCUUGAUAAGCUUACUGAGGAUACUCUCCAACAUGCAUGCUAACAAUGAAUCGAACCAAGCAACAGAUCAAGAUCUCACUGCUCAGCUUUUGAGAAGUCUUGCCAACCCUUCCAUGUUACACAUGGGGAAGGACGUAUCUGGGAUCCUACAUGAGUCACAGAAGCUGCUAAACGGUGGUGUAUCCAAUGAUAAUGUACAUUCAGAAAAGAUGUCAGCUUUUUUCUCAAAUGAUAAUCGAAAUCUUUCUAAAAUCAUUGAUCAACAUGCUCCAUCGUCAAAUUUAGAGAUUCCAAGAAAGGAAUUAUAUGCAGCUAAUAGCAGGGUUGGAAAAAUGCAGGCCGUGUCAUUGCAAAAACCUGAAAGUUUGUUUCCAAUAAAGAAUAGCCCUCCAGGUUACUCUGAGAGCACAGCAGGGAGAAUGAAGUUGAACAAUUUUGACUUGAAUGACGUAUAUAUUGAUUCAGAUGAUGGAGUUGAAGAUUUGGAAAGGUCACCUGUUGAUGGAAACUUUGUAACUAGUUCUGUAGAUUUCCCUUUGUGGGUGAGGCAAGAUUCACAUCAUUCAAGUCCACCACAGACUAGUGGAAACUCUGACUCAACAUCAGCCCCGUCACCUUCUAGUUCGAGUGGAGAAGCUCAGAGCCGUACUGAUCGGAUUGUUUUCAAGCUAUUUGGUAAAGAACCAAGUGACUUCCCUAUUGUGCUACGGGAGCAGAUCCUUGACUGGCUUGCACAUAGUCCAACUGAUAUCGAAAGCUACAUCAGACCUGGCUGUAUAAUUCUAACAAUUUACCUUCGCUUGGCUGAGUCCUUAUGGGAGGAGCUCUGUUCCGAUCUUUCAUCCUGCUUAACUUGUCUCUUCAAUGUAACUGAUGACACAUUUUGGAAGAGUGGAUGGGUAUAUGUACGAGUACGGAAUCAAAUAGCUUUUGUUCACAAUGGUCAGGUUGUUUUGGACACAUCAUUAUCUCUCGAAAAUAGUAAAUGCAGCAGAAUAUUGAGUGUCAUGCCUAUAGCCGUGUCUAUGGAUGAAAAAGCACAUUUCGUAGUUAGAGGUUUAAACCUCUCCCAGUCCUCAACAAGAUUACUUUGCGCUAUAGAAGGGAAAUAUCUUGAUCAAGAAGUGUCUCAAGAAUUAAGGGAGGAUGAUGAUUUUGCUGAGGAGGAUGAAACUGAGCAUGCUAGUUUCUCCUGCUCUAUUCCCAGUAUAACUGGUAGAGGGUAUAUUGAGGUUGAAGAUCUUGGUCUCAGCAGCAGUUUCUUCCCUUUUAUAGUUGCGGAAAAGGAUGUUUGCUCCGAGAUUCGGACACUGGAGAGUAUGCUCGAACCGAAGAAAGCUGAUGAAAAUGCACAAGAAGCAAAUAAAAACAUAGAAUCCUGGCGGCAGGCCAUGGAUUUCAUAAAUGAAAUGGGCUGGCUUCUCCAUAGAAGCAACUUGAAAUCUAGAUUGGCGGACCUAGAUCCUAGCACUGUCAUAUUUUCUUUUGGACGUUAUAAAUGGCUCAUGGAAUUCUCCAUGGACCGUGAUUGGUGUGCUGUUGUGAAGAAACUCUUGGACAUCUUGAUCGCUGGAACUGUGGGAUCAGGGGAACACUCUUCGCUUAAGGUUGCGUUGUUAGAAAUGGGACUCCUUCACAAAGCUGUUCGUAGAAAUUCUAGGUCAAUGGUGGAACAGCUUUUACGAUAUGUCCCUGUGCAUUUAUCAGAAGAAUUCGCAUCAGCUGUUGAAGGUAGCCAAGAGAAGUUUUUGUUUCGGCCAGAUGCCAAGGGACCUGCUGGUUUGACCCCACUUCAUAUUGCAGCUGGCAGAGAUGGCUCUGAAGAUGUACUUGAUGCUCUAAUUGAUGACCCUGGAAAGAUUGGAAUAAAUGUGUGGAAAAAUGCUCGGGAUAGCACAGGGGCUACACCUGAGGAUUAUGCUCGUCUGCGGGGCCACUAUGCUUACAUACAUGCUGUCCAGAGGAAGAUGCACCGGAGUUCAGCUUCAGGGCAUGUAGUGCUCGACAUCCCAGGAGAACCAUCAAUUCCCACAAAGCACGAUGGGGCUGUGAGCUUCGAGGUUGCAAGAAGUGCAUCAUUUGCUUUGAAUCAGGACUGCAAGCUAUGUGAUCAGAAGAAAAUGUUCGCAUAUUACGUAAAAAGUGCAAGAACAUCUCUAGUGUACAGGCCUGCAAUGCUUUCAAUGGUUGCUAUCGCUGCAGUCUGCGUAUGUGUGGCUCUUCUCUUCAAGAGCAUGCCUAACGUGGUUUGUCUUUUCCAACCUUUCCGUUGGGAAUUGCUUAAUUAUGGCUCCAGUUAAUCUCCCAUCCGUGUAUGGUCGAUAACUUAUUCUAGUAUAAUCUCUAAUUUGUAUUUGGAUUGCUAUAUAUGUUGUAUUCUGUAGUGAUCUGUUCUAAGAAAGCAGUGAAAAUCCUAAGGAGUACAGCAAGAACAUAGAAGCAUUAUGGUUAGUCGAUUAGUAUCGACUGACUGUACGUAAUAAUCAUGUAACUAUUGUAACUUGAGGCAUCUAAGUACUAUUUCAGGUCGAGACUGCUUUUUGUGGCCUCCCAACUCUCAACUUCUAUCUCGUCUUCGAAUUUUCUGAUAACUGUAUGUUUUACGGUGGCACGAGGAAAUGAAACUUGGGAAAUGGGGGUGCGAUGAAUGGUUUACAUCCCUUGAGACCCAUGAAUAUUUCUCAUUUCUAUAGAGGAUUCUGGCUAUGUUUUGCAACUAACGGUUACUAACUUACUCCUACUUGUAUUUCACAAAUACAUUUUGAAAAUGGGAAGAUUAUCAACAUAAUCAUCAUAUUUACCAUAUCCGCUCAUAUGCUCAUAGAAGUUGUGAUUAGAGUCUAUGGAGGG